AUGAAGUCAUAUAGUGUGUUUGUCUACGUUGCUUUGCUAGAGGUGCUCAUCAUCGUAUCACUAACCUCUGGUAGAGACCUGAGUCAUUCCUUUUCCGAGCUGGGACAUGUUCGUGGUAAUGGGAGGAACGCCAACCAAUUUGUUCCUAGGCCGCCAUCAGGUCAUAAUGCACCAGUUGUAUCUGUCCAAUUGGAUCUUGCUCAAAAGAAGAGAUAUACAUCAAACAAACAUACUGUAUAUGUAAUGAAGGGGGUUUCUGUUGGAGGUGACUUUGAGGUUUACGCUCAUAGUGUUGAUGGGAGCAGACUCAAAAUAGAGAACAAAGUGAAGGAUAAUACUUCCAUUGAUGUGACCACAAAUGCAAUAAAAGUGUUGGUGUACUUUUGGAACCUUGAGCCUACCAAGCCGGUAAUGCUGCAGGUGUUUGAUGACCGCGGAUCCUACUUCCUAUCACUUAAUAAAACUUUAAAAGGAGAAAACCAUUGGUCAAAAGAUUUUGUGGCAUUUAGACACAGUACGGUUGGUAAUGAGCUCUUUGAGAGACUGGAUCAUAGGGUUUGUGCACAGUUCAAAGCAGCUCCAGUUGAUAUAACCAAGACAUCACGUUACCUAGCAUGUGGUAGUAGCGAGGUCCAGGUUUCUUCUACUCCCCUCAAGGGUGACAAGUAUUACAAAGUUUCUCAUGUAUUUCCUGAUGGCUUAAAACCUUCCAGAAUUUCCCAUAACGGGCUUCCAACUUCCAUACCCUUUCCCAAAGAUGUUAGAGCAGUGUAUGCCUAUUUUCCUAAAGAAGGUAUGGCAAAGCUCACAUUCAGCCCUCUUCUUGUGGAGGUAGAUGAUGGUAAAUCGCAUUCUUGGUAUGAGGUAGCGGAUGACAAGAAGACAUGGAAAAAGAAGGUAGUUUCAGAAAGUCAACUAGAGCAGGUAUUGGAUUCCAUGUACCUUAAACAUCAUGGUGCUGUCAUAUUCGACAUUUCCCUUGAGCCAGAAAAAUUUGUACCUACAGCCAUGACAGAUCCAGCUACAGCAGGGAGGUUUAAUGGAGUCACCAAGAAAUCCAAGGAUAAUCCAAACGUUGCUGGUAUAACGCUUACCCCAAAGGUCGGGGACCAUUUUAGGGUCUCCGGAUAUAAGAAUAGACAAUAUACCAGAGUGAAGGGGGUAAUGACUCAGGGGGCAGCUUCUAUUCAAACUGGAUUACCCAUUGGAGCGUUAAAGAGUUUUACAAUGUACAACUGUUCUGGUGAAGCCAAGGCAUGUUACAUUGAAUCUACAGUUCAAAGUGAAACCGGAUGGUAUCACAAGAUUCCAACCUCACACGUUUGGAAAAAGAUUGAACUUGAUAUUGGUAAUCCAGACAAUAUACUUGAAUGUAGACUUAUGAUCCCUAUUUCUUUGGGUGGUUGUGGUAAGCCAUGUCCAACCGUAGAUAUUUCUCGCACUGCUCCGUACUCAUUUGAUAAGGCCAAGGUGGAUGUCCAAAAGGCUGAAUCUCCUGACAUCUUCCAUACUUACGUACAUACAAUGAAGGGAGUAAAAUCAGAUGGGUUAACAUACAAGGGAAAUUACUUGUCACUUAAGGGCACAAAAUCUUUUCUUCCGCUUGUUAACGCCAGUAAUGUACAUGUUACCGUUUAUUUUUGGAAGCGCAACCUUGCGAAACCUCUCUUGAUAGAGGUAUCCUCUGGAGGUUCGGAUAAAGUUUGGUAUGAGAACGCCGGAUCAGAUGGGAAUACUGUUUGGAACAAGAUAACUCAACCUGACUUGUUGAAUAAACUUGAUCAUUUAAAUUGUUUAUUAAAUAAAGCCUAUGUAGUGGAUGUAUUAAACACCGCGAAAUAUUUGUCUAAUUGUAAUCAUAUCGAUGUUGAAAGGAAGGAAGAUCCGUAUAAUCACACCUCUGGAUAUAUAAGAUACACUCAUACAUUGGGAAACGCUCCAUUCACUGUGUCUAAGGUCACAAUAAAGGGUACAACUCAAAAAGGAAUGGACGAAUCUAUGCUCGAUAGUGUUUCAAAGAUUUCUGUAUUUUAUCCAAGAUCUUCUGCCGACCAUGUUUUAAUUUAUGUUGAGAUUAGUAAGGGCAACUCGUCCCAAGGCAAAUGGUUUAGAAAGGAAACCGGUAUAAAAUCUGAGCUUUAG